CUUUUCCUCGUGGGGCCCGCUGGAGCUGGCGUGGGAUCGAAGUCCAGGUUCUCAGCGGAACGCAACCAGAGGGUCCCUGAUCCCAGCGAGCAAGCAGGAGAUCCGGGCUGAGGAGAUCGGGACCACCCUCGGUCCAACGCAGCAGUUCCUGGAGAGAAGUACCCAGUAGCCUCGUAAUACCACCAACGCUUCAACUUCCCACCCUCCUCCUUUUCCUUUCUUAAAACCUGCCUACCCCGUUUGCGUUUUGAAAAAGGACCCCAGGGGUCUCAGGGUGUUAAAGCUGACUGACAACGAAUUCCACCUGAGAAGAAGCGGGGUCCACGCCAGCAGGGAAGCAUGCCUGGUUUACCUUGAAGCGUGCAGCUCUAAUAGUGGAUUUUUAGACAGAGAUGGAAGGAGUUUAACUCCCUUUGAGAAGGGAGUUCCUGGUUUUCUUCCCAUUCAUCCCAGGGAACAGCCUGGCCCAGAGUGUCACUCCCCACUCCUCAGGGGUGUCCGAAGGUCCGGUGACCUCCAGCCCGGUCAGGAGCGGCAGGACUAAGACCUCAGUCUCUGGCUGCCCUUAGAGGACCACGCCUCAACGUCGUCGUCCGAGGGCAGGCGCGGAGUGGGGCCAGAGCCAGCGCCUCCUUGCACUUGCUGACCGGGCACAGGUCAUCCUUGACGAGAGUAUCCAGGUUCGGGAGCAGAAGGAACAACGUUGUGGUAGAGUGGUCCCCAGAGCAGUGGGGGAAAGAGGCUCCGCAGGCCACUUGUAAAUCUCUCCUUGGGAGGGGGGAAGGGGAAGCCUUCAUUGGAACGCAGAAGGGGCUCGGGGACCCGGCUUGAAGCGGCAUUUGCACCACAAACGCAGUUUUUAUUUAGGUUACCUCUUUAUAAAGGUUGGAUUGGAAUGGCUGAUGGCAAUUAUAGGGAAACUUCGCCAACCAAGUCACCCCCUGGCGCUGCUGUUACGCGCCACAAUGCGCGCGGCUCCCUUGGGUCUAUAACGCGGGAUCCCACCGCUUGGAUCUGGGAGGCGGUUGAAAUUGGGGCGGGGACAGGCUGGCCCAGUUAGGGGCGCGGCGCGGCGGAAGGGGCAGGGCCUCGGCUACAGGCGCGCGGAGCGCUGGGCUCCAGAUCUCUGAGUAAAAGCAGCAACCACAAGAGAGAAGUGGACGACGCUAGCGCUGCCCCAGCCUGCCCAUCAGCCUCCCCGCUGCUCCCUCACCGUUAUCCCUGCCGGUCCUUUCUGGGUGCGACGGGCAACCAUGCCGCCCCAGGGCUGAGGAGGCCCCGUGGCGAGGCCCGCGUCCCUGCGGUCCUGGCAACGACGGCACAUGGAGAACUUCCGUAAGGUGCGCUCCGAAGAGGCGACGGCGGGGUUUGGGACCAAGGGGGGCGGCCCCGGCCCCUUUGCCGACCUCGCACCGGGCGCCGUGCACAUGAGGGUCAAGGAGGGCAGCAAGAUCCGGAACCUACUGUCCUUCGCCACUGCCAGCAUGGCACAGCCAGACACGCGCGCCAUCAUCUUCAGCGGCUGCGGUCGGGCCACUACCAAGACGGUCACGUGCGCCGAGAUCCUCAAGCGCCGCCUGGCUGGCCUGCAUCAGGUCACACGGCUGCGCUACCAGAGCGUGCGCGAGGUAUGGCAGAGCCUUCCACACCCGGGGACCACACCCGGGCCCACACCCGGGCAGAAGCAUAGUGUGCCAGGCGCCAGUCUCAGUGUACUUAAGAACGUGCCCAGCCUCGCCAUCCUACUUUCCAAGGAUGCACUGGAUCCGCGCCAGCCCGGCUACCAGUCCCCGAGCCCCAGUUCUGACCCCUCGUACCUGCCAAUGGCGGCGACGUCCAAGAGGAGCCUAAGGGAACCCGCUGUAGCAGAAGGCUCCUUGAAAGGGACACAACCUGAGCCACGUGCUGCGGAAGAGGACCUGACGGCGUGAGAACUCCGUUCUGGGCCACCUAUUCCUGGCUCUUAGCCCCAGCGCCCUGACCUUGAGAUGCAUUUCCUGCCGCUCAUGUUCCAUCUUCUGGAGCUCACAGCCUGGUCUCAGCUCCUCAGACUUCCAUCAUGGACCCCACAGCCAAAAGAGGAGGACCCCAGGGAAGUGUCGUGGGCCAGUUGCUCCUCCACUUGCGUUGCCGGAAGACUCAGAAUUUCACCUUCAGCUUUGCUGAGCCUUACUGGAACUUCUUCAGGGAGGGUAUGGUGGGCAGUGGAACUCUUGAGCCUUGCCCAAAACCCACAAGGGUUAAGGGCACCUAGCAUCAAAGGGCUGGGGAGCAGGAGUGUGGAAGCCAAGGAGAACUCGUGGGAUCACCCUCAUCCAUUGGCAGUGGAGGGCACGGGGUGAGAAACGGACUGCUUGGGGGCAGGAGAGUCUGAGUUGCAGGGAGCCCCAUUCUUCCCCUCACCCCAGGACAGUUUGCCUUUCUAGUUUCCCUUCUCUUGCUUAUAAGGAGCAUUCUGAGAUCAUGGUGGCAGAGGUGUGGCCACAAGCUCUAGCUCCAUUAACGUCACCCAUUCCCCAAGUUGGCCCAGAGGGAGAGACCCAGGACAAAACUCUCUGUGCUUCCUCCCUUGAGCCCAAUAGCUGGAAUGUUGCUUCCAAUAAAAUAAACAUGAAAAUGGCUCUGUCCCAAAAUAUCCACUAACUGCUUGCCUUUGCAAAGACAACUCUGAGCUGCCCACUUGUGUCUCAGCACCCCACCCCCCCAGCCUGGGAUCCUUAACCGUUGGGGUCUUCAGGGUCAGGCACAGACACUGGACAGAUUCAGAAUGCUGCAAGAGGGACAUUGCCCAAUCCCUGGCUUGUCCUCUCUCCAGCCGCCUGCCCCCUAUUGCUUCUGGGCUCAGGGUUCUGUGUCUGAAAGAAAGCCUGGCUCCCCCUGUGCAUUACCACUAAGGGAAAGGGAACAGCACAUUGCGUUUCUGGGAGGGGAAGGAAAGAGCAUCUGCACGCCCCUGGGAGCAUCACUGACAAGAAAGAAGGGUAGACCUUGCUGAGGUCCCUAAAGCCUGCAACUUCCUGCCAAUGGGCUGAGUCUUAUCCAGAAGGCUGGCACAAAGCCCCUCACCCCCAUGGGUAGGAUCUCCCCCUUCACUGCUCUCUUUGAAAAAGGACAGCACACCCUUGGGGGAGGGGGAGGAGACAGAUUAAGCACAAAUCCACUGCUGGAAAUUACUAUUCAGCAGAGAACCUGGGAUUUGGGCUGUGAAUCACUGCAGGCUCCCAGAUAAGCUGCUGCCUCCAGUCCUGCACAACUGUCUGCUGAGAUAUAUCAGCCUCAUAAGCCUUUCUGCUCAAUUCCAAGUCAGCUAGGGGAGGUGGGAGUGCUGUGUACUGGAAUAAUUCUAGCAAGGGGGUGGGGGGCACACAGCCCCAGAAUCUCAGAAGCACACCUUACCCCAUGCAACUCAACAGCACCCUGGAAAGGAGGAGAUGUGGAAGAAUGUGAGUUGCUUUGCUGGCAGAACCCUGAAGUAAGUCCUCCUAGGGACGAGGUAGGUUUCUGCAGCUAACACAUGUUCCCCCUUCCCCCAUAUCUCUGCUUGAGCUUUGGAUCAGUGAGCCCUGCUAUCUAGACUGGCACUGGUUGCCUUCCUCAAUUUAUUGUUCUUGAUGAGUCCCUGGGGAGUGCCAAGGGGGUUGGGUGUGAUUGUUGACACUCUCAGGGGUAGUCCAAAAAGGGUAGAAAAAAAUGAAAAUUAUCCUAACAACCAAGAAGCCUUGGACUGGCCCUGGGCUUGUGCAUCUAAAAUAAAUGAAAACUUGGAAA